AUGCGUCUCUCACUCAUUCUGUCUCUCCUGCCUUUGGCCCUCUCCGUUGGAGCCAUCAACGUCACCGAGCCCACCAAGAACGAUAAGCUCGAUGUUUCCGGCUCUUUCACCAUCAAGUGGACUCACGUCAACACCGAUGCCUCCUCCGUUGACAUCGUCCUUGUCAACAAUGACAUCUACCCCCCCGUCUCGAAGAAGAUUGCCUCCGGCAUCGACACCUCCGAUGGUUCCUACUCUGCCAGCGGCGUGAAGGAUGUCGCCGAAGGUUCCGGUUUCCAGAUCAACCUUCUCUCCACCGAAGCCCAGAACACCGGCAUCCUCGCCCAGUCCCAGAAGUUCGAGGUGACCGAGGCUGAGAACAGCUCUUCCACCGCUUCCACCACUGGCACUACUACCGGUACUUCUUCCACUGUCUCUUCUGUCUCUUCUACUGCCUCUACCUCCGCUUCUACCUCUACUGGUGCCACCACCACUGAGACCGAGGCUUCCACUACUGCUUCCCAGUCUACUUCUACCGGAACUUCCACCGGCACCAAGACCAACUCCGGUAUGACCACCUCCGCCACCGGCUCCGCUACCGGCUCUGCCUCUGCCUCCCCCACUGCCUCCGAGGGUGCUGCUAUGGCUCUGGUUGCCCCCGGUGCCGUUGCUGGCCUUCUGGCUGGUCUCCUCGCUCUCCUGUAA